AUGGAACUCGUUGGCAUUAUCCGCUGCCCAGUCCACUUGCUGCUCCCAUAUGGGGAGGGCAGACAAAUCGACCCGGACGCUGUCAGAAGAUUGGCUAAAUGUUUCGAUAAGACAGAAUGCAGGCGUCAGGAGGAUGAUAACUUCGUCCGGGGGAUUGUGACGUACGACGACCUGAGACUCAUUAUUUCGGCCCUGAAUACAUCUGCGAGCGCUCUGAAGCAUACGAUCCUCCAAAAGCAAUACCCCCUGUUAUUGGAUCGUCCCAUAGCUUGUCUUGAUGGCCGGCACAGGAUCCGUGCGGCCAUGCGCCACGAGCCUCUGUCGUGGUGGGUGGUGAAACUGCUGUGCGUCCAGGGUAGCUGGGUUGAUUUUCCCCGUAAAAUUGCACUGGUUAGUGUCGACCACCAGGCCAUUCAGGACAAGAUCGAAGCCACAUCGAGAGAGGCUCCUUAUUCUGAUGCGGAAAUUUACCGGCUGCUCCGAAAAUACAAGAAGCAGAACGACAAGCUCAGAUUCAAAGAGCGUCUCAACCGACUUUCGGCACCAAAGCAGAUAAGCGUGAAGGGUUUUUUGAAGCGGGAAGUGCUGGUCCAAGAUUUGGAUGCUCUUUUGAAGUAUCCCGGUGUAAUAGCAGGUUUGCAGUUUGGUAACGUUCACAAGCACCUGGCCCUUCACAUCGACGAAAACAUCUCCCGGUUUCUGAAGCACAUCCUUCAG